UCCUCACUCAGAGAUUUCCGACGAUGGAUUAUGGAUUGUCACUUUCCUUGGGCCACUCGAAGGGUCCGUAGGGUUGGUUAGGAAUAUAUCAGCCCAGAACGAUUUCAAAGGAUGAGCCCCAUUCUUAGUGCUCCAGAAAUCCUCGUCCAUGUGCGAAAGGUGAGAAUUUAUGAGACCGACUUCACCCUUUGGGAGACCAAAAGGUAUCUCGUUAUGUCAUAAAAUGUCAUAACUUGAUAUAUGCAACAAAUUCCUUGUUUUAGUAAGUCCGAAUUUAAAAAGCCUUGAAACUGCUUCAAACUUUGGUGAUAUGAUUAAACUUUUGUGAGAAUUUAAGCGGCAUAAUAUCCCUCGUGAACUUGGGCAAGGUAGUUUCAUAAAGCUGCUUUUCCUAAAGAAAAAAAAAAGCAAAAUAAAAACCCUAAAUAAACUUUAAGGCAAACCCGAGCUUAGAACCGCUCAGAACCGCUUCAAAAAUGAGCAAUGAGAUUAAACCCCCGUGGGAGAAAAUUACCUAGGUAGGUAGCACAAUACCCCUCGUGAACUCGGGCAUGUCAUUGUUAUCACCCACCACUACCGCAUUGCAACUACACAGCGCAGCGCAUCACUGAAGCACGAUGGAUUCUCACGAGCUGCAAACCACAUCCAAGACACAGGAUAUAAUAAUCGACAGCAACUCUCCGUUCUCACCGUACAUGCUACCCCGGGACUCGUAUCCAGGCCCGGAACACAUGGACGACAUGGACUUCAACCAGAAAUAUGCCGUCCGUGUUGCAUCUGCCCCCCUCACCCCCGAAGAGCUAGUAUUAGUCCGGGGCCACCUCGGAGCCAUUUUCCACGAAGAAGCAUCCGCUUCGCUGCGCUGGGACCCGACGUUCCAGACAGGCUGGGCGCGCAAUCUCCAAAUGGCGCUGGCGCCCCAGCAUCAAGACAGUGACACCAUGCACUGGUUCCCCGACAUUUGCGACUACGCGAACAAGCAGACAGCCGUGUACUUCGUGGGCGGCGGUUCCAAGCCCAACAGUGCUGGCCACCGCCACGGCUACACGGACCGCCGGCUGGGCUGUUACAUUUACCGUACAUGGCAUGCGCUGCAUGGCGGGCGACCAAACCUCCAGCGGCAGCACUUCUUCGCCAAGGCGCUGCGCGUGCCCGAGAGUGAGGCCACGAGCUGGAGCAUCCCCGGCCUCGUGGCUGCCCACCGCCGGCUAUGCGACGCGACGGCGGCGCGUCUCGGGAGCGAGGUCGUGCGUCUGCGAUGCGAGGACACUGCCAGUGGUGCUUUCCCACCGCCGGUUGGGACGGCACAGACGUGGUGCGAGCACGGCUUGUCCUCGCGCCAUUUGUUCCGCGCCGUGGUCCUUGUGGCCGACGAGCACGUGUUGCCCGUGGAGUGUCCGGUACAGCCAGUUCCGGAGAUCAGGGGCCACAACCAGCAAUGGAAAGUCGCUGCAUGGCUGGAGCGGCUGAUGCCCGAGUGUAGCGUGCUGAUGGUGCGGACUGGGGACGAUGCACAUCUUAGCCGGCCCGUUUCGUUCGAGAGGCUGAUUAGGGAAGGGAAGACGAUCCCACUGGGUUUGGAAGAGAGGAAGCUGGCCAAAGAGCUCGGCGUUGUGCGGGUAAAGAUUGGCGUGGCGAUGCGCUUCCUGUUCGACCUGCAGGCCGAAGAGGAGGCCGCUAUUCCGAGCCUGCGACAGGUAUCAGCCAUGCUCACGGAGGAGCGCGAGAGAGCUUGCCAUGCUUGGGUAGAAAGCGUGCUGCAGCAUGCCUCUCUCAGGGAAGUCGGGGUCGACGGGAACCGGUUUACAUGGGAAGCGGUGCGGCGGAUGUGGGCCGAACGAGAUGGGGACAUCUUUAAUCAUGCCGCCCAGGAUGAGACACGAUUGACGCCGCUAUACUCAUGGUACGGGCUGCAGUGAAUUCCACGAAAAUAAACUAACUCGGGAAUAAUGGUAUCAUGUUGGAACUGGGAAGGCCGUUUCGGACGCCGCCGCAACGCAGGCAACACAAUUUCUGCAACGUCCACACAAAUUCUUUGUUUUGGCGACCCGGAUUCGUAUUUUUCAGCCCGCAGCCUGCGUCCCUAUUUGUGAUGGGCCGCAACUAUGAGCGUAACGCUGAAUAGGAGGCUCGAAGAAUGUCUAUUCUGAACUAGGGAACCAAGCUACGGAAGUGCUGGGACCG